AUAAAAUAAUUGAAAAAUGAAGCCCCAAUAUCCAUUAUUCUAUCACCUCCUCCUACUCCUACUCAUACUCAUGAUGGCGCUUCCUCUCCACCCGCCCCUCUCCUCCGCCGCCGGCGCAGAGGAGGGGCGGCGGGGGCAGCGGCGGCUCGUCCUCCAUCCGGUGGUGCUGAUACCGGGGAACGGCGGGAACCAGCUGGAGGCGCGGCUGACGAGCGAGUACGAGCCGUCGAGCCUCGUCUGCCGGCUGAAUAAGAAUGGGGGGUGGUGGUUUCGGCUGUGGUUCGACCCCGCGGCGGUGGUGCUGCGGGGGCUGACGCGGUGCUUCGCGGAGCGGAUGACGCUCCGCUACGACCCGCAGAUCGACGACUACCGCAACGCGCCCGGGGUGGACACCCGCGUCCCCUACUUCGGAUCCGCUCGAGGGAUCCGAUACCUCGACCCCCACCUCAAGCACCUGACUGAGUACAUGGCCACUCUGGUGAGCUCCCUGGAGCAGAUCGGCUACAAGGAGAGCAACAGCCUCUUCGGCGCACCCUACGACUUCCGCUACGGCCUCGCCGCCGCCGGCCACCCCUCGCAGGUUGGCGCGCAGUACCUCUCCGACCUCAAGGAGCUGAUCGAGUCUGCCGCGGCCGCGAACGGCGGCCGCCCCGCGAUCCUCGUCGCGCACAGCCUCGGCGGCCUCUUCGCGCUCCAGCUCCUCAUCCGCAGCCCGCCGUCGUGGCGCCGGCGGUUCGUCGCGCACCUCGUGUCGCUCUCCACGCCGUGGGCCGGCACGGCGGAGCAGAUGCUCACCUUCGCCUCGGGGAACGCCCUCGGCUUGCCGCUCGUCGACCCGCUGCUCGUCCGCGCCGAGCAGCGGAGCUCCGAGAGCAACCUCUGGCUCCUGCCGGCUCCGAAGCACUUCGGGGCCGAGCCGAUCGUGCAUGCCGCGCAUAUCAAUAAGAGCUACUCGGCAUUCGAAAUGCCGAGUUUCUUGGAGGACAUCGGGUUUCGGGAGGGGGUAGGGCCGUACACGAACCGGGUCAAGCCGCUCACGGAGAAACUGGAGGAGCCGGGCGUGCCGGUCACGUGCGUUGUCGGGACCGGAGUCGACACGCCGGAGAAGCUGUUCUACAGGACCGGGGGGUUCGACGAGCGGCCGGAGGUGGCGUACGGGGACGGCGACGGGACGGUGAAUGCCGUGAGCCUGCUGGCGCUCGAGUCGGAGUGGUCGGGCUCGGCGAACCAGUCCCUGAAUGUGAUCAGGCUCCGGGGGAUCUCGCACACGGGGAUUUUGAAAAAUGGCGCUGCAAUUAAGGAGAUUAUAGGGGUUAUUAAUGGCAUAAACUCAGAGAGAAAACAGCUUGUAAGAUAAACACACACACACACACACACACACACACACACACAAAAACCUACUUAGCAUUUAAUUUUUGUUGUUUAUGUAGUUAAUAUUUGUAAUACAGACCCAAAAAAGAUUAUGUACUACACGAAUUAGUCGAUAAUCCACCGUGCGACAAAUUUACUUGCAUAA